GAAAAUGGGAUACUGUUCCUAAGGAAUCAAACUUCCCCAAGCCCCAGGUGAAAUACUGCUCUACGGGCCUACUACAGCCGGUGGUGAUGACCCAUGAAUGCUAACUGAUAAGGAGAGAUGACCGGGUCCCACUCCCACCCAGAAGGGAAAACAAAAUGGUACUCAAAAUAUAGAGCAGGCGGUCGGGCGGUUGAUUUUUGUUUGCUGCGGUGGGUACUACGUGCUAGUCUAGUAGCAUGAUGGAUGGCUGCCGAUGGGACUAAAAAUCAAAUAACCCCUUGCCUCACCCUCCUCCCUGGCUGGCAUCCAUCUCUACGAGGCUGGCUAAUCCAAUAGAAGGGAGGAGGAGGAGAAGAAGAAAUCACCGUCGUCUAGCCGCCGCCGCCUAGCACCUGAAUGAAUCCUGACCUGAGGAGGAGGAAAAUGAGUGACUGACUCUCGGGUGCUGGUGUUUUAAAGCUGGCCGGCCGGCCGGGACUAUACUACUGGAUACUCGCACAUCUUCAACACCGCUAAAUUGCACCGCCACCCCUAUCUUGUACAUCCGAAUCCAAAUUACGUAAUUUUGGAGUCAUGGAAGACGAAGAAUGGACACUGGUGCAAAAACAUGGAAACCAAUUCAUGGUCAAUGGCCAACCAUUUUAUGUCAAUGGGUUCAACACUUACUGGCUAAUGGUCUUUGCUGCGGAUCAAUCUACGAGACCUAAGGUUACUGAGGUUUUUCAACAGGCAUCCUCUGUGGGUCUUACGGUGUGCAGGACUUGGGCUUUCAACGACGGCCAGUGGCGAGCUCUUCAGAAAUCGCCGGCUGUUUAUGACGAGCAAGUGUUCCAGGCUUUGGAUUUCGUCAUAAGUGAGGCAAAAAAGUUCAAAAUCAGGCUUAUAUUGUCAUUGGUAAACAAUUGGGAAGCUUACGGAGGCAAAUCCCAGUAUGUCAAAUGGGGUAAAGCUGCUGGCCUAAACUUGACUUCUGAUGAUGACUUCUUCUCCCAUCCAACUCUCAAAGGCUACUAUAAGGCUCAUGUCAAGAUGGUUCUUGAUAGAGCCAACACUGUCAACAACAUAACCUACAAGGAUGAUCCAACGAUAUUUGCUUGGGAACUCAUGAAUGAGCCGAGAUGUGAAUCAGAUCCCUCUGGCAACAAGCUGCAGGCUUGGUUAGAAGAAAUGGCGGUCUAUGUGAAGAGCGUUGAUCCAAAGCAUUUGUUGGAGAUUGGAGUGGAAGGUUUCUAUGGUCCCUCGACGCUCAACAGGGUUCAGCUCAACCCAAAUACCUAUGCUCAACAAGUUGGAACUGAUUUUAUAAGGAAUCAUCAAAUUCUCGGGGUUGAUUUUGCUUCUGUUCACAUAUAUCCAGACUCUUGGAUUUCGCAAUCGAUCUCUGAUGCCCACAUAGACUUCACCAAAGCAUGGAUGCAAUCUCACAUUGAUGAUGCUGAGAACUUCCUUGGUAUGCCUGUUGUGUUUGCGGAAUUUGGUGUAUCAGCAAAAGAUCCCGGCUACAAUUCUACAUACCGGGACACCUUCCUCAAUACUGUGUACAAGACCCUCUUGAACUCGACAAAAAUGGGGGGAGGCGGCGGCGGGAGCCUGCUCUGGCAAUUGUUUCCCGAAGGGACAGAUUACAUGGAUGACGGAUACGCGGUGGUGCUUUCAAAGUCUCCUUCAACGUCGGAUAUCGUAUCUCUUCAGUCGAGAAGGCUAAAGACCUUCAACUCCUUGUGUUCUUGGAGAUGCCACUGGGGUUGCAAGAAGCACCAGCACCACCCGGGGACGGGGACUACCCUCCUGUAUCAUGAUGAGCUUUAAUUAAUCUUUAGCUACUAGUACCACCUACCUACCUACUCCUGCCUUCGUGUUCUGUUCUCUUCCAAAUUACUACUACAU